AUGCCUAAAAUGUUGGGGCCAAAACCUGGGGCACCUAGCGAGAUAGGAAGUCCGAGGGCUCUUUCUAAGACUGCUGGUAUUAGAGUAUCUCCGUUAAUCAUGGGAAGAAUGUCGAUUGGUGACGCAUCGUCGGCACUCAUGGACUCAAUGAACAAGAAGCGCGCCUUUGAGUUGCUUGAUGCUUUUUACGGGGCAGGUGGAAAUUUCAUUGACACUGCAAACAAUUAUCAAAAUGAGCAGUCGGAAGAAUGGAUCGGUGAAUGGAUCGGUGAAUGGAUGACUUCAAGAAAAUUGCGUAACCAAAUUGUAAUUGCCACCAAGUUUACCACAGACUAUAAGAAGUACGAAGCAGCUGAUGGUAAAAGCGCCAACUACAGUGGUAAUCACAAGCGUCGUUUACAUGUGAGUGUGAAAGAUUCCCUUCGCAAGUUGCAAACUGAUUGGAUUGAUAUCCUUUAUGUUCACUGGUGGGAUUACAUGAGUUCUAUCGAAGAAGUUAUGGAUAGUUUACAUAUUCUUGUCCAGCAGGGCAAGGUCCUCUAUUUGGGUGUGUCUGAUACACCUGCCUGGGUUGUUUCUGCAGCGAAUUAUUACGCUACAUCUCAUGGGAAAACUCCUUUUAGUAUCUACCAAGGUAAGUGGAAUGUGUUGAACAGAGACUUCGAGCGUGAUAUCAUUCCAAUGGCCAGGCAUUUUGGUAUGGCCCUUGCUCCAUGGGAUGUUAUGGGAGGCGGAAGAUUUCAGAGUAAAAAGACAGUGGAAGAGCGGAAGAAGAAUGGAGAGGGCCUGCGUACUUUCGUUGGUGGCCCUGAGCAAACGGAUGUGGAGGUUAGAAUUAGUGAAGCAUUGGCUAAGGUUGCUGAGGAACAUGGCACUGAAUCUGUCGCUGCUAUUGCCAUCGCCUAUGUCCGUUCCAAAGCAAAAAAUGUUUUUCCAUUGGUUGGAGAAAGAAAAAUUGAACACCUCAAACAGAACAUUGAGGCUUUAAGUAUUAAACUGACACCAGAACAGAUAGAAUACCUUGAAAGUAUUGUUCCUUUUGACACUGGAUUUCCUAACACUUUUAUCGUGUUAAAUACAUUAACUCAAAAAUAUUGUACGAGUAAUGUUUAA